AUGUGUAGAGGAGAGAAGGAGGAGAGUCAGAGUGUGAGGAGGAGGAGGUCAGAGUGUGAGGAGGAGGAGGUCAGAGUGUGUGGAGGAGAAGGAGGAGGUCAGAGUGUGAGGAGGAGGAGGUCAGAGUGUGUGGAGGAGAAGGAGGAGGUCAGAGUGUGUGGAGGAGGAGGAGGAGGUCAGAGUGUAAGGAGGAGGUGGUCAGAGUGUGUGGAGGAGGAGGUCAGAGUGUGUGGAGGAGAAGGAGGAGGUCAGUGUGUAGAGGAGGAGAAGGAGGAGAGUGUGUGGAGGAGGAGGAGGAGGUCAGAGUGUGAGGAGGAGAAGGUCAGAGUGUGUGGAGGAGAAGGAGGAGGUCAGUGUGUAGAGGAGGAGAAGGAGGAGGUCAGAGUGUGUGGAGGAGGAGGUCAGAGUGUGAGGAGGAGGAGGAGGUCAGAGUCAGAGUGUGUGGAGGAGGAGGAGAGUGUGUGGAGGAGGAGGUCAGAGUGUGAGGAGGAGAAGGUCAGAGUGUGUGGAGGAGAAGGAGGAGGUCAGUGUGUAGAGGAGGAGAAGGAGGAGGUCAGAGUGUGUGGAGGAGGAGGUCAGAGUGUGAGGAGGAGGAGGAGGUCAGAGUGUGUGGAGGAGGAGAGUGUGAGGAGGAGGAGGAGGAGGUCAGAGUGUGAGGAGGAGAAGGAGGUCAGAGUGUGUGGAGGAGAAGGAGGAGGUCAGAGUGUGAGGAGGAGGAGGAGGAGGUCAGAGUGUGUGGAGGAGGAGAGUGUGUGGAGGAGGAGGAGGUCAGUGUGUGUGGAGGAGGAGGAGGUCAGUGUGUGGAGGAGGAGGAGGUCAGAGUGUGAGGAGGAGAAGGAGGAGGUCAGAGUGUGUGGAGGAGGAGGUCAGAGUGUGAGGAGGAGGAGGAGGAGGUCAGAGUGUGAGGAGGAGGAGGAGGAGGUCAGAGUGUGUGGAGGAGGAGGAGGUCAGUGUGUGGAGGAGGAGGAGGUCAGAGUGUGUGGAGGAGGAGGAGGUCAGUGUGUGAGGAGGAGGAGGUCAGAGUGUGAGGAGGAGGAGGAGGAGGUCAGAGUGUGUGGAGGAGGAGGUCAGAGUGUGAGGAGGAGGAGGAGGAGGUCAGAGUGUGAGGAGGAGGAGGAGGUCAGAGUGUGUGGAGGAGGAGGUCAGAGUGUGAGGAGGAGGAGGUGGUACACAGUGCGCUUCAGGGAGAAGGGGGAGUCCGCUCGGUGGGAGCACAGGGACAGUUCCCAGAGGAGGCUGAUGGUGGAGGGUCUCUCUCCUGACGCCAUGUACGAGUUCUCUGUCCGCAUCAACCAGGGCCCCUGGGGGCCCUCGGUGUUCCAGAGGACCCCCGAGUCUGCUCCGUCUGGGUCGCCUGAGAACUUUGACGUCAAACCUCUUCGUGGAAAAGGAACCGCCGUCAUUGCGACGUGGGACGAACCGGACGAACCCAACGGCAGGAUCCGAGAGGGGCAUGUGCACACCUGUGGGAUUAGGCAUCAUGGCAGGGUGAGCACGGGCUGCUACUUUCUGUUGACCGUAAGCAACAUUCUGUACAUCAUCAUCAUCAUCAUCAUCUUCCGGAAGGGCAACUGA